AUGGCGAGCUCGGAUGACGAGCCCGGUCCUUCGUACGGCGGACCCGCCGCUGUCGACCCGCCGGUGCUCUUGAGCGCGGCGGAGAAGCGGCUGCGGAAGUGGCGUCGCAUGCUCGGCGUCACCGUCGACGACUGGAAGGCGUACGUCCGCGCCAAGCCACAGGUUGUGCAGCGCAGGACUCGGAAGGGCGUGCCCGCGCCCCUGCGGGGUUACGCGUGGCAGGUGAUGAGCGGCGGCCGCGAGCUGCGCGCGUGCCAUCACGGGGUGUACGAUGAGCUCGUCCUGAGCACCCUGGACGAAAGAGACGACGACAUUGCGAAGGACAUAUCGCGAACCUUCCCUUCGCACGUCUUCUUCGCCAAGCCCGAUGGCGCCGGGCAGAGGUCGCUGUACAACGUCCUGAGGGCGUACAGCGUCUACGACCGUGAGGUUGGGUACGUGCAGGGCAUGGGCUUCGUCGCGGGCCUUCUGCUGUUGCACAUGUCCGAGGAGGACGCGUUCUGGGUCAUGGUUGCGCUCUUCCGCGGCGCAGUGCACGAACCCCUCGAGGGGCUGUACUCGCCCGGCAUGCCCCUCGUGCGACGAUGCCUCCACCAGCUCGAGGGCCUGCUCGGGGAGCACCUCCCGCGGCUCGCGGCGCACUUCCAACGGGAGUGCGUGCACGCCAGCAUGUUCGCGACGCAGUGGUUCGUGACGCUGUUCGCGUAUUCCCUCCCGCUCGGGGUGGUGGAACGCGUCUGGGACGUGUUCAUGCUCGAGGGGGUCAAGGUGAUAUUUCAGGUGGGCGUGGCGUUGCUGCAGAGAGCCGAGGAGAACCUGCUCGCCCUGCCGUUCGAGGUGCUCGCGGCGAACCUGCGGCACUUCCCCGUAGGGGGGAGGGCCGACGAUGACAACGUGGAGGCGGAUGAUUUGCUGGAGCGGGCGCUGGCCCUUCGGCUGUCGCGGAGGCUCGACGAGCUUCGCGCCGAACACGACUACCUCAACGAGCGCAUGAGGGACAGCGGAGCCGAGAGGUCCCACCCGCCGUAG